AAAAAAAAAAAAAAAAAAAGGAGGCAUAAGAGUCCAAAUAAUAUAGUCUUUGUAAUUGCUUUGAAUUGUCUCCACCAGUUAUAAUCUCUACCAUAACCAUGGAAUCCUACAAUUCCAUUUUCAGUGUUGUAGUGGCCUUGUUGGCUACCACUUUUUUCUGCAGCUAUUCGGCUAACUCCUAUGUGUCAAGUUUAGCUGUGGAGCAAGAAGCAAAGGCUCUGCUGCAAGCUGGGUGGUGGACUCAUGACUCUCUCAACACCAGCACUCUGUCUCCUUGCAACUUGUCUGGUAUUACUUGCAAUCAUUUUGGAAGCAUUACUCAUAUUUCUCUACCUCACAAUUCCAAGGUGCAAAAAAGGCUUGGCAGAUUUCUUAACAGCUCUUCUUUCCCAAAUUUAGUCCAUCUUAAUCUUGCUGAAGCUGGAUUCGUUGGGAGCAUCCCGCCAGCAAUAGGUACGCUUUCAAAGCUGGCCUACUUGAACCUCUCCAACAAUAAUCUUACAGGAAAUUUGAGCAAUCUCCGUGUCUUAAAUUUGAGCUCCAACCAAAUCAAUGGUCGAAUGCCCUCAACACUUGGUCUUUUGUUCAACCUCACUCACCUGGAUAUUUCCAGCAACAAAAUCGAAGGUGAGUUGCCUAAUUCAUUGGCAUGCCUUGACCAGUUGGUGGAGCUUACAGCUUCUUAUAAUGCAAUUAAUGGUUCCAUCCCAUGGGACAUAGGGAAGCUUAAUUAUUUGAUUUCCUUGUCUCUGUCCGGUAACAUGCUCAGUGGACCACUCCCGUCAACGAUAGGUCAAUUAACCAGACUAACUACUCUAUCACUUGCCUCAAACCAAAUAAGUGGUACAAUUCCUCUGGAAGUAGGAAAGCUAAGGAACCUUCAAAGUCUAGACCUUCUUGGGAACAUGCUCAAUGGUUCACUCCCCUCGACUCUUGGUCAACUAACCAAAUUAACUUACUUGUCCCUAUAUAGUAACCAAUUUAAUGGUUCAGUCCCUUCACAGAUAUGGAAUCUGACAAACCUUACUCAUCUAGACCUAGGUGGUAAUAUGUUCAAUGGACAAAUACCUCCAACUUUGGGUCGAUUAACUAAUUUGUCCGAACUGUAUCUUGACUCCAACCAAUUGAACGGAUCCAUCCCUUCAGAAAUAGGAAAGCUAGUCAACCUACAAACUCUGCUUUUAUCCUAUAAUAUGUUCACUGGACCAUUGCCUUCAACAUUGUUUCAUUUAACCAAUUUGAAUUUUCUGUAUCUUAGCUCCAACCAAUUGAACGGAUCCAUCCCCCAAGAAGUUGGAAAUCUAAAAAAUCUUACCUAUUUGAAUCUUUGGAAUAACAGCUUAACAGGUCCAAUUCCUUCGGCUAUUUGUAAUUUAACCAAAAUGAAAAGGGUGACCCUUCAUCAAAACCAAUUGAGUGGUUCCUUGCCGGCGGGGAUAGGGAAUUUGAAGAAUUUAACAUAUCUAGAUCUUAGUUUCAACAACCUCACCAGUCCAGUCAUGCCGUCUUUUGGUGAUUGUCUAGAGAGCAUGAAUUAUCUUAAUUUGUCGCAUAACCGGUUAAAUGGAACCAUUCCAAACAAGAUAUGUACCCUUUCGGAAAGUACUUUGGACCUUAGUUACAACUCCAUUGGUGGUGAAAUACCUUCUCAACUCCAAAAACUGAAAAACUUCACCAUCUUGAACCUAGCCUACAACAAUCUCAGUGGAAGUAUUCCCUCUUCUCUUCGAUCAUUCUAUCAAAUCAACUUGUCUUAUAAUCGUUUAAAAGGUCCAAUCCCAGAUGAGCUAGCCAAUCAUUUUCCAGUGGGUGCAUUUGUUGGCAAUCCAGAUUUAUGCGGUAAUGUCACAGGUAUCAGUCUUUGCUUUCAAAAUAGCCCACCAACUGAUCAAGGUGUUGGAGCAAAAAACCACAAAAACAAAAAAUUCUCUUACAUAAUCAGAGCCAUCGUUCUCAUCUCGGUUUUCCUUGCCUUGUUAUUAGUAAUGCUUGGAGCUCUGUCCUAUGCCCGUCGAUUUAAAAACAAUAAAGGUCAACCAGUUUCUAAGAUAAGAGCAAAGAAUGGAGAUAUCUUUUUCAUUUUGAAUUAUGAUGGAAAAAUUGCUUACCAUGACAUCAUAGAAGCAACAGAGGACUUUGACAUUAGAUAUUGCAUUGGAACCGGUGGUUAUGGAAGUGUCUACAGAGCACAACUACCUGGUGGAAAAGUAGUUGCCUUGAAGAAGCUGCAUGGUUCAGAGGUUGAACAGCCAAAUUUGAGGAAGAGUUUCAUGAACGAGGUCAAAACAUUGACGGAAAUACGCCACAGGAACAUUGUGAGACUUCAUGGUUUUUGUUUGAACAAAAGAUGCAUGUUUUUGAUUUAUGAAUACAUGGAAAGAGGAAGCUUGUUUUGUGUCCUGAACAACGAUGCAGAGGCUGUGGAAUUGGACUGGAGCAAAAGGGUGAAUAUUAUAAAAGGCAUAGUGCAUGCCUUGUGUUACAUGCAUCAUGAUCGCACUCCACCAAUUGUUCAUCGCGAUGUAACCAGCAACAACAUUUUACUGAACGCAGAACUGGAGGCUGUCGUUUCUGAUUUUGGCACAGCUAAACUCCUUGAUCCGGAUUCAUCAAAUCAAACCAUAAUUGUCGGCACAUAUGGAUAUAUUGCUCCAGGCAAGUUUAUGCUUCUAAUUAGUAGUUCUUUUUAUAUUUGCUUGUAGUUAAUAUUUUGUUAUUUUUCAUGUUUAAAGGAAAUAAAACCAAUUAUAUUUUGUCUAA